GGUGAUGCGGACUUGGCCGUGGAUGGGUGAGUGUUCGUGUUCCCAUCACUCUGUUGACAAGUGUAGCGUCCUUUGAACGCAUUUGGUCACUCUGACGGGGCAGGCCAUGUUUGUUACCCUUGCGAAAGAUCCCUCUUAGGUGUCUAAACAUGACCACAACUCUCCAAAUUCGCGUGGUGAAUAAGCUCCAUUGCGAUGCUAUAAAUCCAAGUUGAACUCUUGCCUCGAGAAACCGCCAAUUUUACACCCAGCCGUACACAUUAUUGCGGCAUAUGUCUGACCACUCGGGUUUGAGUAUGACUACAAUCAUCGAAAGAGCGCGAACCUCGCGUACAUUCGGUACUGCCGCCCCUCUUCACCUUUCCAUGCCCAGAUUGCCUCAUCAUGCUACUCGUCCCGCUCCUUCAUUCUUACAUUGCCGCCGCCUUGACCGGUUGUACUCGCAGCAGCGAUUCCAUGAACAUCGUAGCUGUAAGUAUCGGCAUCAUCAUACUGUGCUCUGCGAUAUCCUCAGUCCGAAGACAAGAUCGAAGGACGAAGGAGAUGGUCCGCUUCAAGACUAUUCUGCCGACGAUUCGUUUCAGAAUCAGGGGACCACUUCCAAACACCCGGAUGACAUCCUGCAACCUAGCGAGCCCAUCAUGACACCCACAAAGCCAAUGUGGGACCAGCCAAACACCAUGUCUACGGUGCAAAUAUCCCCGUAUCUUGGAACAAAAUACCAAACAGCAGCCUCAGUAGCUGUACUGUUAACUCUAAUUCUGGUCGUGGGGCUCGUCCUCUCGAAGUGCUACCGCAAACCGCCGAGAUCGGAUACAGACAAUCUGGAAAAGGUAGACACCGGUAAGCAUGACCUGGAUGAUACCUCGGCGGGGCGGCUCGAAGCUUGGAACGAGCGGAACCUCGAUAAGCUCAGAGCACAGCUCCCCUCGCUGCGAUCGCGUGCCGCAGUGUACCGCUCCAUCACAGAGCCGGAUCCAGUAGGCUGUGGCCAAAAGGUCGAUGAGGAUGCCUGGCGCCGAUUCCGCAUGCUUUUCGCCGCAAAGGCAGCGUCACGUGAUGGGAGCCCUGCCCGAAGGUCCUCCGGGUCCUACAAAUCGGACCCAGAAAGUAGUGCCGUAAGUGGUGUGGUGCUCAAUAUAUCUGGGGAGCUGAGGCGCAGGACAAACACCUAGAAUGUUGGCGUAGUGUGUGAUCCAGGACGAGAAGACGCCGAGAAUGGGCCCCUCGAUGAGUGAAUACAAAUGGAAUGAAACUCUAGAGAUUUGAGAAUCGUAGCUAUUUCCGCAGGAUCCUUCACGAGAAAUUACUGCUC